AAGUCACAUAUGGAACCCAUUUAACAAUGACGCCUGGGUAGUUCAGUUUGUUUAAGUAUGGGCUUUCUCGAUUCCAUGGUGGAGGCUGGAGCUGCGCUUCAUGGAAAUGACAGCUUCGAAGACCAAAUCAAACAAGCAACACGAAGGCUGAACACUUCAGCUGAAGUCACAGUGGACUGAACUUAAUGUGUGGAAAUAAGUUCUUCAGCUGGCAACAGACAAUCAUUCCACGUUUCUGCAAGUCCUAACACGUGGACACAAUCCCUAGUAAAUCUCUCUCAGAGCUCUCUGGCUCUUUAAUCUUCCUGUCUUUUCUGUGCCAGAUAAAAACAUUGGCUCAUGUUUCCUGGACCUCAUUCACGAAGUUUCCGUCAAAGAGAAAUGGACCAUUUGCGUAAAUCAGUGCAAAUCCAGCAUUAUGUAUAGAGAGUCUGUGUGUAACUUGGUGUGGCUGUUCUGGGUUUCAGUAAGUGUUGCAAGUAAACAUUUUACUUCUACUCUCUCCAACUGGCCUGCACACGACACGUGGAGGAGUGAACAGAGGAGAGAGUAACAUUUUGCAGCUGUUCAUGUCUUGGAGUGCAUAAUCGCUUGUAGUCAUAGGAAAUGCAUCACUGCAGCUCAGCAGAUUGGUGAUGACUCACUGCAUUCUUUAACAUAUAAACCUCUGGAGGAAGCGCUCACUUCUUGGGGCUGCACGUUCUCACAGGCUGUGUGUGUUCACCCGCAAAAACUUUGGAGCAUCGUUCAACUUCGGAGUAUUGAAAAAAUGAAAAACUUCCAUUUAUUGGCACUGCUUUUUACCGUGUUCUAUGCAGUUUCCUCGUCUGUACUGCAGAGACGGAUGGAGUUUGCUGAGGCAAUGACUUACCUGAGGCGGUUUGGCUACCUCGACACUCCACUGGACAAGGAGUCACAGGUAGACAUUACCGAGGAGGCUAUAAGAGAAGCUCUGAGUCUUUUUCAGAGAGUGUCAGGAUUGCUAGUGACUGGAAAGGUUGAUGAAGCGACAGUGUUGAAAAUGAGGCAGCCACGCUGUGGGGUUGAGGAUCCUUUCAAUCACAAAUCCAAUAAAUAUAGGCGAUUUGGUGGAAUUUGGAGGAAAAGGAGUCUGACAUAUCGUAUCUAUAACUACACGCCUGAUUUGGGGAAGGCUGCGACCCAGAGGGCCAUUAGAUUGGCAUUUAAGUACUGGAGUGACGUCACUCCAUUAAGCUUUAAGGAGAUCGAAUAUGGGCGUGCAGAUAUUAGGAUCUCGUUCCACGCCAGGGAUGGCUGCCUAUCACCUUUUGACGGACCAGGAAAUGUACUCGCUCAUGCCGAAGCCCCUCCAUCAGGGAUCAUACAUUUUGACGAGGACGAGUUCUGGACUGAAGGAAAAUACUACGGCUCUAACCUGCGAAUCGUGGCAGCUCAUGAGAUCGGCCAUGCGCUGGGUUUGGGUCACUCUCAAUACAGAGAUGCGCUCAUGGCUUCAUUCUACUCUGGCUAUAAGGUCAACUUCAGACUGCACCCUGAUGACAUCAGGGGCAUCCAGGCAUUAUAUGGUAAAAGAAUCUCCAGUACCACCACGGACGAGGACAUUCUUACCUUGGGUCCCACAACUGUUUCACCUUUCCCACGAGUUGAUGUUCCCGAUCCAUGUGAUGCAAAACUUGAUGCCAUAAUGCUAGGUCCUUGGCGGAAGACCUUUGCUUUUAGUGGGGAUUACAUGUGGACAAUCACAGAUAUGGGGCAUAAUACUCCAAUAAAGAUCAAACAGCUGUGGAAAGGCCUGCCAGGGAACCUGAACGCUGCUGUGUACUCACCGAGAACCAACAAGACUUACUUCUUCAAAGGUGACAAAGUUUGGUGCUACAUGAACUUCCAGCUCCUCGCCGGCUACCCCAAACAGUUGACCAGAAUCCCAGCUAACAUCGAUGCUGCCAUGUACUUGGAGAGGAACAAAAAGAUUUUCUUCUUCAAGGGCUCAGGAUUUUGGCAGUGGGAUGAAAUGGUGUACAACAACCUGAGCAUUUACCCCAAACCCAUUUCCCGCCUCUUUACUGGCAUUCCAUCGAACGUGGACGCAGCCUUUACAUGGACCAACGGCAAGGUGUACUUCUUUAAAGGCGAUAAAUACUGGCGCAUGAACGAGAAGCUGAUGGUGGAUUCGGGUUACCCGCUCAGCACACGAGAGCGGUGGAUGAGAUGCACCCACUGAGAGUGUGGAGAGUUUGACGAGGCGCUAAAGAGGACUUUUUAAACUGCAGAGGAGUCAGGGAUGUGAGCACUGUUGAAACACGUCGCGUGAUGUGUAGCCACGCUGUCGUGAUUUCAUUUCAGUACGCUCACAGAGGAAAAACGUGUCCCCACUUGUGUGCAUGUGCUCUUUCGUUCACUCUCUUGCAGGCUGUCGAGUAGACGUGCGCCAAUAUGAAAGUCUGCCCAAGUAUUACAGUUCACAAUAUUGCGUUUGACAAGUUACUGUUAUUUUAUUUUUCAGAUUCUAGGGCAAAUCAUCUAACGUGUACAGUUUUUGCAUUGGCAAGCUGCUUGAGAAUUUAACAUAGUUUGUCCAUUUGUUAGUCAUUUUAGUGGAAAACAUGCCCGGGGGGGGGGGGGGGGGGGGGGGGGAACCUUGAUUUCUCCGAAAUCAAAUGUAAAUAUAGUGAGCACGUUCUGAACCGUCAGUGCUAGCAAUGUUGUCCAAGUUCAUUAUUGUGUUGAAGAUUAUUACAGUUUAUUGUCACAGGUCUACUGGAGAGUUGUGGUAAAUGUAGCAGAUCAUCAGGGAGGACAGGAGUGACAAAUUUGUCUAUGUAUCUCAUAAAACGGUCUCUAAUGUUAAUGAGCAACUUUCUUUCCCCAUUUAUUCUUGCAGUAAGGUAGUGCAUAAAGAGCUGGUUCUGUCAAUCAUGCUCUGAUCUUAGCCGUUUAUUCAGCUUUCUUCUUU